CUGGUUGCUGUGUUGGUGAUUGUUUUGACAGUUCGGGGACUUCGGUCGGCUUCUAAAACCCAUCAUUUUCUCCCAGAGAAGUGGUAUCCGCCAUUGUUGGCUUCUAUUGGGAGCUCUGGAAUCAUUGCCUUUUCAUGGCAGGCCUUCACUGGCUUCUCCCCUUCAAUGGCCUUCAAGACAGCCUUAUGGUUCAGCCCCGUGCUAUUACUCGCUUCUGCCAUUUUCUUUGUCAUUGUUGGAUCUGCUGGUGGUUUAGCAGCAGGAGUGAUCCUCGUAGUUUUUUCCCUGUGCCUGUCGGUAUAUCUCUGUUGGAUCAAUCGUCGGUUGAACUAUGCGAUUCAACUUUUAUCAGUUUCUACUAAAUACCCUCCGUCGCACACUCCAAUCUUGGUCAUUGGAUCGAUCGUCAUUGGCAUUCUUUACGCCUCUUUCUUGGUCAUCGGCAUUGGUGGAGCAAUUGCUGUUAAGUCUGGAUUUAGAGCAUUGUUCAUAGCAGCAAUACUGUUGAGCCUAACCUGGACUCUGCAGGUCAUUAAGAACAUAGUGCAAGUAACAAUCUCACGCAUAAAGUACUUGAAUUUAGCUUGGGGACGCGAAAAUAACAUACGAGAAUCUUUCUACAGCACAGUGAAGCAUUUGAUUGGAACUAUUGCUCUUGGCUCAGCCAUCAACCCCCUUAUCAGCUUCAUUCAGGGAUCUGCCCGUGCCAUGAGAUUGGCAGCAGGAGACCAAGAUGAGUUCCUUUUCUCUUGUGCACACUGCUACUCGGCGAUCGCUUCAAUGCUGAGAAGCCGAGGAAACCGGUGGGGUUUCGUCCAUGUUGGUGUCUACAAUAAAGGGAUAGUGGAGGCUUCAUAUGAUACCUGGGAGGCAUUCAAGAGGGCGGAUUUGGAAAUUGUUAUAAACUCCGAUCUCACCGUGUCUUUCUGCUUUCUCUGCGGGCUUUCUGGUGGUGCAAUCUGCAGCAUGAUAAGUGGAAUCUGGGCACUCGUAAUACACAAGAGCUAUGCAACAGAAUUAGCAAUAUAUGCCUUCCUGAUAGGCUAUUGUCUGUGCCGGAUAGGAAUGGCGUGGCCACAAGCAUGUGUUUCUGCCUACUAUGUGGCUUAUGCAGACAACCCCCAGCAUCCUCGGUUCGACUCCACCGUGCCAGAGCAGAUUCGAGACCUUCGGCGGAGAUUGCAAGGUUAAUCAAAUCAUAAACUUGAAAACAAGUGAAGAAGCAGAUUUAGACCAUUCCUCAAAUCUGGCAUCAUAAAAAUAAAUGUCUUCCGAGGAAUCUACUGAAACAAAAAUGGCAGUUUUGAUCUUCUUUUCUUCUCUUUCCCUGCAAAUCUUGUAUUCUUUCGGAUUUUGUUCAAGAGUUCAAUAAAAAGUUCAGGGAAGAACUUUUGUUCAGGCACA